AUGCAGGCCCAAGCAUCCGAGGCGCGAAAGCGUCAGCACUACGCUCGUCCGGGACACGUGUCCUUUGACGAACGCAGCUUUAAACUUACCACCUUAGCCGUGGAAAGCUUUGGCCGCCUUGGAGAGGAGGGUUACGAGUUCAUCGAUGAACUUGCGACACAUGCCGUGGGAGGAAGGGACGGAGGAACGAUGGCUCUGAAAGGAGUCUUCAAGGAACGACUUCUUCAGAUCGUUUCGGUGGCUACACAGGUGGCCAUAUCUCGGCGAGUGCAGAGGUACAAGCUCGCAUUGCGCGGGCGUCAAGACGCCGAAAACAGGCGAACAAGAUCGACCUCGGACCAGUCAACGCCAAUGAUAUGGGGAUGGAGUGUAGACGCAUCGUAGAACGCGUUUUCGUUUGAAGUUGGCGUCUUGUUUGAGAGUAGAUGUGACAGAUUUGCGUAGAAUAGGGUAAGAUGUUAUCAUGAACGGAGAUGAAAGGGCUUUUCCAACACGGAGAUGUAGCAUGGAUCAAAGCAUUUGUUGGAUUUCAGCUUUUACAAGAGGACAUCAACGCAGUAGUAUUUUUGCAAGCUUACGAACGCAUAUAGGAUACCAUCAGGAUUGUCAUUGGUUUUAUUUCAAGUUGAAGAGGAGAUAUUUUUACGAUGUAAAUGACAGUAGAAAUAAGUCCUACAUAUGUUGUUGUACUUCGUAUUGGUUUAAUAUUCAUGUAGAG